AUGAUACCCCUCAUCUAUAUUCCAUUUCUUUUCCUUCUAGCAGUGAUCCCCUUCCUCCUCCCCUCCCUCCGCAACAGGCAAACAACCAGCACCCUCUUCCGCCUCCUCCACCUCACCAAGCAACAACCCUCAAGCCAAAAGCCCAGCGAAAUCGUUUCUCUCCGUGUGUACCCGAUAAAAUCAUGCCGAGGGUUCGAAGUUACGCACUCCAAGCUCCGCAUGACAGGUCUAGAUCUCGACCGCCGCUGGAUGAUCGUUGACUCCGAGACACACACGUUCCUCACGAUCCGUCAGAAUUCGGAUAUGACGCGCAUCAGAACGGGGAUCAGUGACGAUGGAGAGAGCCUCUUGCUUUCUACAGCUGAAUCCAAGGGUGAAAAGAUUGCUGUCCCUGCUCAUCCCACCCCAGAAUGGCUUGCCCAGAACACGACUCUAGCGUCGGAUAUCAAGAUCUGGGAUACCGUGACGGAUGGAUAUGUAUACAAUGCCUCGGUGGGCGUGAAUCAGCUCUUCUCGAGCUUUCUGAAGCGCGACGUCGUUCUCGUUUACAAGGGUCCGACACCACGAAUCCUAAAGGGCAAUGGUGAUCCCAAGCUGCUGGGCCGAGUGCAGAGUACGAAUUUCCCGGACGUGCACCCCGUGCUCAUCGCAUCGCAGGCAUCGAUCGAUGAGCUGAAUUCGCGGUUAACGGGGACUGGGCAUGAGGCUAUCACGAUUGAGCGGUUCCGGCCGAAUAUAAUUAUCCGGGGUGAUAGGGAGAGGCCGUGGGUGGAGGAUUGGUGGAAGACCGUUAGAGUUUCGACUCUUUUAGCUGAGGGAUAUGGCGAGAGCAGUGUGACGUUUGACAUUGUGGCGCGGUGUGGACGCUGCCAGGUUCCGAAUGUCGAUCCAGUCACUGCGGAUAAGCACAGGACGCAGCCGUGGGAUACUAUGAUGAAGUAUCGCCGGGUAGAUGAGGGGUUGAAGUAUAAGCCCUGCUUCGGGAUGUUGGGGGCUCCGAGGGCGGAGGGUGAGGUUAGGGUCGGGAUGAAGUUUGAGGUGCUAGAGGAGACGAAGGCGCAUCGGUAUAUCAAGGGUUUCUAG